UUGGCCACUGAGUGGAAGCCAUUUGGCAAGUUAGUGAUGGUCACUACUGAGAAGAUAUCUUUUUGGUUGCCCUCUUGACUUUGCCUAUAUCUAGACGUACUAUGCAGCAGUGACCUCUCUAGUAGGGUGGUGAUGAUUAGCUGUAACUUCCCCACCCCCAGAUACUUGGAAAAUGGCCUAAUCAACAACUUAGAGUGAACUAGCCAAAUGUUAAUUAGUUUUAUGGCAUUCGAGUUUACCGUUCCAGGAAUGCAAAUAUUUGGAAUUAUUCCUAUCAGUGUAGUCUAUAUUCUUUUAGAUUUCAGGGAUGGGACUGCUGCAGGUUAACCAAAGGGUACCCCUAUAAAAGAUCCUUGGAAUCUACAAUUAGAACAGUGCAUCAUCUUUAAAAGGAGGCUUUAGAGAACAAAUAUCCUUUUUCAACUGUUGAGGUGGCCAGGUCCCAAAUGUCAUAUCAAGUAAAGGGUUACCUGACCUAUGUCAGACUAGGAACCAGAAAUGUUCAUGGCUAUAUAACCCUAGUCUCACAUGACUUCUGAUACUGUAGGAAAGCAAGCUGGAAAUUAACGUGGAAUUCUAAGAGAGAUGCAUGCAAAGUGACCAUUCAGGAAAGAAUAAUCCAGAAUGCAAAUAAGAACUAAGCCAUCAUUUAUUAUUCAUCCUUGCAUGAGAGGGAGAAGAACCAGGGGUCAGAGACAGAAGACAUUACAGAUUGAAUGCCAGCUGAAAUAUGGAAGGAAAGGUGAGUUUGCCAAGAGUUAUAUUAAUAGGAGGACUGUGAAUAGAAUGAGGGUUGAUGGCUGAUUUCUGAUGGCCAGAUAAAGGUGUUUACUCUUAGGACCGUGUUUUGAAAAUGACAGAGAACUUAGAAUGCGUUCAGAGAAGGGUAAAAAGAGAAGAGAGAACAUUUAUAAAGCUAAUUAGAAGAGGAGGGUUCUGAAAGCCCUACUGAAAAGAACACUUUCCAGCUUCCUUUGAGAAGACAUUUUCUAUAUAGCUCCAUUGAACAUGUUUGAACUGGCCUGGAACGGUUAAGAAGGUAAAGGGGUUAGGGAGGUUGAGGAUCAGAAUGGUCUUUGGGGUUUAAAGCCAGGUCCACUUCUACCCAGCUGAGUUGGCUCGGCCAGGUUACUGAACCUCUCCAAGCAUUCAGUUUCUCUAAUCAAAUAGCCGAGGGUGAUUCACUGAAAGGGUUAAGUGUGAGACUGAGUUCUGUGGGAAGGAGCAUCUUCCAUAGUGAAGCACCUUUGUCACCACUCACUUAAGCUCUAACAUAUGGCAAUAACUUCUGUUUUAUAAGUGAAGAAACUGAGCCUCAGUGGGAGAGAGAAAGAGGUUGCUAAAGUUUCAGGAAUUAGCAAACGUUGGGCUUGAGAUUCAAAUGAAAAUGGAUGAAGAAACAUUCAUGUAGGUUAGGGUAGUGUAGUGCGUUGAAUAGCGGCCCCUCAGAAUGUAUGUACAUGUCCUAAUCCCCAGAAAGUGUCAAUUUUAGCUUAUCAGGAAAAAGGGUCUUUGUAGACGUAAUUAACUUAAUAAUUUUGAGAUGAAGACAUUGUCUGGGAUUAUCUGGGGAGUCCUAAAUCCAAUGACAGGUGUCCUUGUAAGAGUGAAGCAGAAGGAGAUCUGACUGCCAGGAGAUGAGGAGGCAAGGUGACCAUGGAGACAGAGUGAUGUGGCCACAAACCAAGGAAUGCUGCCAGCCAGCAGAAGCUGGAAGGGACAAAGAAGGGGUUCUCCCUGAGGGCCACUGCAGGCAGCACACCCUGCUGGAUUUUGAACUUCUGGCCUCCAAAACUGCGAGAUAAUUAAUUGUUGUUGUGUUAAAACACCCAGCUAGUGGUAAUUUGCUAUGGCAAAAAUUGAAUACAGGUGGGAAUGGCUUGCGCUUCGUGAUGGCCUUUGAACUCCUAAAAAAGUGGACACAAUAGUGGAUAGGUCUGAGCCUUGACUAUGCGGUUCCUUCUGGGGGUCAGCAGGUCACCCAGAUGAAACAAACGUUCUCAGGGCCUUAACAAGUAAUGAAGGUAUAACUUUGGUGAUUGAGCGCUUCCCUUGGUAUCAACUUCUCUUUCCCAAGAGCCUCAGGAGAUGAGGCCACACAUUCCCAUUUUGCAGAUGAGCAAACAGAAGUCCAAGAUAGUUACAUAAUUAGCAUGCACCAUUGGUUUGCUGAGGUAGAGAGGGCCAUGAUUUGAAUUCACACAUGGCAGGUGAAUUCUCCCACCUAGAGAUCCAGUCCCCAGGAUCAGGCCAUAAAUAACCUUGCUGUUUUCUGUCUUUGGGGGCUAAGUAUUGCUGAAAAUCACAAGGGUAUUCAUGUUAGUCAUGUUACCACACCUUAUUAUCCGAACAACUUAGGCUGCUGUAGAAUGAGGCUUGAAUUAUCCUCGCACCCUGAGUACUCCGGCUUCCCCUUGGGACGGACACUGGGGCUGAGCUGCCAGGAGAGUUUUCCCUAAGUGUGGUGUACAAAGAUAGCCCAGUGGGUUAGGUGGGAUCUGGUUCGUCCUAUGGCUUCUACAAAAGCAGACAGGAGGAAGGAUGGAGAUGUGAUAGAAGGGAGAACUCUGCCAGCAGAGGUUUUUAAAUAUUAACAUGAGUUGUGAAGGCCUCAGCGUUUUUAUGGGUCUUCCAAAAGAAGGAGAAAGGCCAUUCUGCACCCUCUUCAGCUCUGCUGUCUGAACUGUGGGUUGGGGGAUUUUCCCCAAAGCCUUCCUCUCUCCUCCAUUUUACUUCUAGUGCCUGAAAUGUUGUGCAUAGUAGCAGACAGUGCAUGGCCUCUGGGUUUGUGUAGACUUGGGUUCAAAUCCCAAUUCUAUAAUUUGCUGACAAACCAAUCUUGGGCAAGAAAGUUAACCUCUUAGCUACUGUUUUGCAUCUGUACAAUGGUGGUAAGUCUCUUUGGCAGGGCUGUGGUGAAUUCAGGGCACAUAGUAGAUAGUCAACAAAUCUUCCUUACAGGGGUGAAGGAUGGUAACAGCUAACAUUAAAUGAGCAUGCUGUGCACCCCACACACUUUACCUGGACUAUUUCAUUUGAUUCUCACAACCACCCUAUGGAGGUAGGUACCACUAUUAGCUUCAUAUUGUAAAAACUGGGUGUUAAGAGUUAAAGUCAGGUGUCCACAUUCCCGUAGCUCAUAGCAGGCAGAACCCGGCUCUGUGUCUGGCCUGUCUCCAAAGACCAGGCUGUUAGCUGUAUUUAAAGUGCCUAUCAUAGCACCUGAUAUUCACCAGGCAUAUUAAAUGAUGAUAAUUAGUAUAAAUUCAACAAACAUAUAUAUUGAGGGCAACUAUGUGCCAGGCACUAUUUACUCAUAAAAAUAUCUAAACAAGUAACCUGGUCACGGGUGGGAGCACUACACCGAUGCAUCAGUCAGGUUUGAUCAGGGAAGUGGUACCACCGUGAGUGACUUGGAGGAAGGGAUUGAUCGCAGAGAUUAGACCUUAUCCAGUUGUGGAAGCUGGUGAAGAAUCUGCAGAAGGCUGCUACCUCUGCAUCUGAGGAUGGGUCUGAAGUUGCUGUAGUGCCGAAAGGCAGGAGGAAAGCAGGAUGGGAUGUGGGAGAGAGUGAGGCCAAAGUGGAGCCCACAAGGACAAAUAAAACCCUUGUUUGCCUUUUACCAUUGCCGAUCUUGACUAUGAAACAUAAAGCUGGAAUCUUUACUACAGAGCUGGGCAUGUACUUUGCCCAGGCCUCAGAGUAGCUGAAGAUCUAGCAGGAGCUGGAGGAGCUGUGGGCUCCACCAUCAGGGUAAGCCAGCAGAUCGGUGACGAUGAAUGCAUGCUGCUGCUUCAUGUCCACCUCCCAGAGGCUCCACAAAUACCUGUUGUGGACAAUCUUAAUGCAGAACCACAUAAGGAAGGCAAUUCUGGGAAAUAGGUUCCAGCUUAGUUAAGCUGACCUAAUGCAAAACCACCACACUGAUGUUCCCAUCUCUGGCCUUUGAGAAGGAACGGUUGUGCGUGGCCCUAUGGGGAGAUAAAGAAGGUAAGGUGUCAGAAGGCACAUUUAAAGUGGGCUUUCUGACUCCCCUCUUCCUACUCUGGCUUGCUAAUCAAUUUUACCUGGUUUGAAAUGUCCACCCUUAUAUACAGGCAAUUAUGUGGAUUAGAAAUUAAGGAUGAAACAUCUUCCCAAAAGGUCAUUGUUAAGAUUUACCCAUCAUCUUGGUGUUCCUAGCUCUCUACCACCAACACAGAGUGGCUGAUGCUUCAACCAGGCAGCUCAGAUUGCAAUGAGGACAAUGUAAUGCAUUUGGGCUGGAAACACUGGACAGGUAAUUUUUUGCAGGUGGGUGGCAGCAUUUAGUGCUGAGUGGCUGUUGUGGUGGGCAGAAGGAGAGAAAUAGAAGGGACACCUUGCAGACUUGAUGACAGAGUUAUUCUGAAGAGAUUUAUUAGCGGUGUCUUCCCUGGCUAGGCAGUAGGGGGAGGGCUCUGUGUCAAGAGGUGUGUGUGCUAAGGGAAGAGGAAGAGCCUGCUUGGCAACCUGGCUUUCCAAGCCUUGGGCCAGCUAAGGAAGAAGAAGAAGAAGAAGAAGAAGAAACAUUUACGUGUAAUCCCCCUCCCAAAGAAAGCUACUGUCAACAUUUUUUUCCCCCCACAUACCCCAGCUUGAGGAUACUGUCAAUAUUUUGGUGUGAACCUUACUUAGUCUUUUCCCUAGUUCAAAUAUAAACCUGACAUUAAAAGGAAAAUGAAAUCAUAUUGCCUGUAAUAUUUUUGUGACUUGUUUUUCUUUUAGUGUAAAUCAUUUUUUUCCACGUUACUAAUAUUCUUAAUAUUGUUCUUGUCUACGUAGACUUUCACUGUGUGGAUGCACUCUAGUUCGUCUAUGUGGUGGUGAAGAGCAUAGGCUCUGAAGACUGCUGGGGUUCAAAUCACAGGUCUUUCAACAUUAACUGGCUGUGAAAACAUAGGCAAGUUCCAACUAUGGGAGCCCACGCCCCGCCCAUGCCAACAUGAAUGCCAAUGCGGCCGCGGGACUGGCCCCUGAGCACAUCCCCACCCCGGGGGCCGCCCUGUCCUGGCAGGCGGCCAUCGACGCAGCCCGGCAGGCGAAGCUGAUGGGCAGCGCUGGCAACGCGACCAUCUCCACGGUCAGCUCCACGCAGCGGAAGCGGCAGCAAUAUGGGAAACCCAAGAAGCAGGGCAGCACCACGGCCACACGCCCGCCCCGAGCCCUGCUCUGCCUGACCCUGAAGAACCCCAUCCGGAGGGCCUGCAUCAGCAUUGUCGAAUGGAAACCAUUUGAAAUAAUUAUUUUACUGACUAUUUUUGCCAAUUGUGUGGCCUUAGCGAUCUAUAUUCCCUUUCCAGAAGAUGAUUCCAACGCCACUAAUUCCAACCUGGAACGAGUGGAAUAUCUCUUUCUCAUAAUUUUUACGGUGGAAGCAUUUUUAAAAGUCAUCGCCUAUGGACUCCUCUUUCACCCCAAUGCCUACCUCCGCAACGGCUGGAAUCUGCUCGAUUUUAUCAUUGUGGUCGUGGGGCUUUUUAGUGCAAUUUUAGAACAAGCAACCAAAGCAGAUGGGGCGAACGCUCUCGGAGGGAAAGGGGCCGGAUUUGAUGUGAAAGCGCUGAGGGCCUUCCGCGUGCUGCGGCCCCUGCGGCUGGUGUCCGGAGUCCCAAGUCUCCAGGUGGUCCUGAAUUCCAUCAUCAAGGCCAUGGUCCCCCUGCUGCACAUCGCCCUGCUCGUGCUGUUUGUCAUCAUCAUCUAUGCCAUCAUCGGCCUGGAGCUCUUCAUGGGGAAGAUGCACAAGACCUGCUACAACCAGGAGGGCAUAGCAGAUGUUCCAGCAGAAGAUGACCCUUCCCCUUGUGCGCUGGAAACAGGCCAUGGGCGGCAGUGCCAGAACGGCACGGUGUGCAAGCCCGGCUGGGAUGGUCCCAAGCACGGCAUCACCAACUUUGACAACUUUGCCUUCGCCAUGCUCACGGUGUUCCAGUGCAUCACCAUGGAGGGCUGGACGGACGUGCUGUACUGGAUGCAGGACGCUAUGGGCUAUGAGUUACCCUGGGUGUAUUUUGUCAGUCUGGUCAUCUUUGGAUCCUUUUUCGUUCUAAAUCUGGUUCUCGGUGUGUUGAGCGGAGAGUUUUCCAAAGAGAGGGAGAAGGCCAAGGCCCGGGGAGAUUUCCAGAAGCUGCGGGAGAAGCAGCAGCUAGAAGAAGAUCUCAAAGGCUACCUGGACUGGAUCACUCAGGCCGAAGACAUCGAUCCCGAGAACGAGGACGAAGGCAUGGAUGAGGAGAAGCCCCGAAACAUGAGCAUGCCCACCAGUGAGACCGAGUCCGUCAACACCGAAAACGUGGCUGGAGGUGACAUCGAGGGAGAAAACUGCGGGGCCAGGCUGGCCCACCGGAUCUCCAAGUCAAAGUUCAGCCGCUACUGGCGCCGGUGGAAUCGGUUCUGCAGAAGAAAGUGCCGUGCCGCGGUCAAGUCUAAUGUCUUCUACUGGCUGGUGAUUUUCCUGGUGUUCCUCAACACGCUCACCAUUGCCUCUGAGCACUACAACCAGCCCCACUGGCUCACAGAAGUCCAAGACACGGCGAACAAGGCCCUGCUGGCCCUGUUCACGGCAGAGAUGCUCCUGAAGAUGUACAGCCUGGGCCUGCAGGCCUACUUCGUGUCCCUCUUCAACCGCUUUGACUGCUUCGUCGUGUGUGGCGGCAUCCUGGAGACCAUCCUGGUAGAGACCAAGAUCAUGUCCCCACUGGGCAUCUCCGUGCUCCGAUGCGUCCGGUUGCUGAGGAUAUUCAAGAUCACGAGGUACUGGAACUCCUUGAGCAACCUGGUGGCAUCCUUGCUGAACUCGGUGCGCUCCAUCGCCUCCCUGCUCCUUCUCCUAUUCCUCUUCAUCAUCAUCUUCUCCCUCCUGGGGAUGCAGCUCUUUGGAGGAAAGUUCAACUUUGAUGAGAUGCAGACCCGGAGGAGCACAUUUGAUAACUUCCCCCAGUCCCUCCUCACUGUGUUUCAGAUCCUGACCGGGGAGGACUGGAAUUCGGUGAUGUAUGAUGGGAUCAUGGCUUAUGGCGGCCCCUCUUUUCCAGGGAUGUUAGUCUGUAUUUACUUCAUCAUCCUCUUCAUCUGUGGAAACUAUAUCCUACUGAAUGUGUUCUUGGCCAUUGCUGUGGACAACCUGGCUGACGCUGAGAGCCUCACAUCUGCCCAAAAGGAAGAGGAAGAGGAGAAGGAGAGAAAGAAGCUGGCCAGACUGGCCAGGACUGCCAGCCCAGAGAAGAAACAAGAGAUAGUGGAGAAGCCGGCAGUGGAGGAAUCCAAGGAGGAGAAGAUUGAGCUGAAAUCCAUCACGGCUGACGGAGAGUCUCCACCCACCACCAAGAUCAACAUGGAUGACCUCCAGCCCAAUGAAAAUGAGGAUAAGAGCCCCUACCCCAACCCAGAGACUACAGGAGAAGAGGAUGAGGAGGAGCCAGAGAUGCCUGUCGGCCCUCGCCCACGCCCACUCUCUGAGCUUCACCUUAAGGAAAAGGCAGUGCCCAUGCCAGAAGCCAGCGCGUUUUUCAUCUUCAGCUCUAACAACAGGUUUCGCCUCCAGUGCCACCGCAUUGUCAACGACACGAUCUUCACCAACCUGAUCCUCUUCUUCAUUCUGCUCAGCAGCAUUUCCCUGGCUGCUGAGGACCCGGUCCAGCACACCUCCUUCAGGAACCACAUUCUGUUUUAUUUUGAUAUUGUUUUUACCACCAUUUUCACCAUUGAAAUUGCUCUGAAGAUGACUGCUUACGGGGCUUUUCUGCACAAGGGCUCCUUCUGCCGGAACUACUUCAACAUCCUGGACCUGCUGGUGGUCAGCGUGUCCCUCAUCUCCUUUGGCAUCCAGUCUAGUGCAAUCAAUGUCGUGAAGAUCUUGCGAGUCCUGCGAGUACUCAGGCCCCUGAGGGCUAUCAACAGGGCCAAAGGGCUAAAGCAUGUGGUUCAGUGUGUGUUUGUCGCCAUUCGGACCAUCGGGAACAUCGUGAUUGUCACCACCCUGCUGCAGUUCAUGUUCGCCUGCAUCGGGGUCCAGCUCUUCAAGGGAAAGCUGUACACCUGUUCAGACAGUUCCAAGCAGACAGAGGCAGAAUGCAAGGGCAACUACAUCACGUACAAAGACGGGGAGGUUGACCACCCCAUCAUCCAACCCCGCAGCUGGGAGAACAGCAAGUUUGACUUUGACAAUGUUCUGGCCGCCAUGAUGGCCCUCUUCACCGUCUCCACCUUCGAAGGGUGGCCAGAGCUGCUGUACCGCUCCAUCGACUCCCACACCGAAGACAAGGGUCCCAUCUACAAUUACCGCGUGGAGAUCUCCAUCUUCUUCAUCAUCUACAUCAUCAUCAUCGCCUUCUUCAUGAUGAACAUCUUCGUGGGCUUCGUCAUCGUCACCUUCCAGGAGCAGGGGGAGCAGGAGUACAAGAACUGUGAGCUGGACAAGAACCAGCGACAGUGUGUGGAAUACGCCCUCAAGGCCCGGCCCCUGCGGAGGUAUAUCCCCAAGAACCAGCACCAGUACAAAGUGUGGUACGUGGUCAACUCCACCUACUUCGAGUACCUGAUGUUCGUCCUCAUCCUGCUCAACACCAUCUGCCUGGCCAUGCAGCACUACGGCCAGAGCUGCCUGUUCAAAAUCGCCAUGAACAUCCUCAACAUGCUCUUCACUGGCCUCUUCACCGUGGAGAUGAUCCUGAAGCUCAUUGCCUUCAAACCCAAGGGUUACUUUAGUGAUCCCUGGAAUGUUUUUGACUUCCUCAUCGUAAUUGGCAGCAUAAUUGACGUCAUUCUCAGUGAGACUAAUCACUAUUUCUGUGAUGCAUGGAAUACAUUUGACGCCUUGAUUGUUGUGGGUAGCAUUGUUGAUAUAGCAAUCACCGAGGUAAACCCAGCUGAACAUACCCAAUGCUCUCCCUCUAUGAACGCAGAGGAAAACUCGCGCAUCUCCAUCACCUUCUUCCGCCUAUUCCGGGUCAUGCGCCUGGUGAAGCUGCUGAGCCGCGGGGAGGGCAUCCGGACGCUGCUGUGGACCUUCAUCAAGUCCUUCCAGGCCCUGCCCUAUGUGGCCCUCCUGAUCGUGAUGCUGUUCUUCAUCUACGCGGUGAUCGGGAUGCAGGUGUUUGGGAAAAUUGCCCUGAAUGAUACCACAGAGAUCAACCGGAACAACAACUUUCAGACCUUCCCCCAGGCCGUGCUGCUCCUCUUCAGGUGUGCCACCGGGGAGGCCUGGCAGGACAUCAUGCUGGCCUGCAUGCCAGGCAAGAAGUGUGCCCCAGAGUCCGAACCCGGCAACAGCACGGAGGGUGAGACACCCUGUGGCAGCAGCUUUGCCGUCUUCUACUUCAUCAGCUUCUACAUGCUCUGUGCCUUCCUGAUCAUCAACCUCUUUGUAGCUGUCAUCAUGGACAACUUUGAUUACCUGACAAGGGACUGGUCCAUCCUUGGUCCCCACCACCUGGAUGAGUUUAAAAGAAUCUGGGCAGAGUAUGACCCUGAAGCCAAGGGUCGUAUCAAACACCUGGAUGUGGUGACCCUCCUCCGGCGGAUUCAGCCCCCACUAGGUUUUGGGAAGCUGUGCCCUCACCGCGUGGCUUGCAAACGCCUGGUCUCCAUGAACAUGCCUCUGAACAGCGACGGGACGGUCAUGUUCAAUGCCACCCUGUUUGCCCUGGUCAGGACAGCCCUGAGGAUCAAAACAGAAGAGGGACCCAGCCCAUCAGAGGCCCACCAAGGGGCUGAGGAUCCUUUCCGCCCUGCAGGGAACCUCGAACAGGCCAAUGAGGAGCUGCGGGCCAUCAUCAAGAAGAUCUGGAAGCGGACCAGCAUGAAGCUGCUGGACCAGGUGGUGCCUCCUGCAGGCGAUGAUGAGGUCACCGUUGGCAAGUUCUACGCCACAUUCCUGAUCCAGGAGUACUUCCGGAAGUUCAAGAAGCGCAAAGAGCAGGGCCUUGUGGGCAAACCCUCCCAGAGGAACGCGCUGUCUCUGCAGGCUGGCUUGCGCACGCUGCACGACAUCGGGCCUGAGAUCCGACGGGCCAUCUCUGGAGAUCUCACCGCUGAGGAGGAGCUGGACAAGGCCAUGAAGGAGGCUGUGUCCGCUGCUUCUGAAGAUGACAUCUUCAGGAGGGCCGGUGGCCUGUUCGGCAACCACGUCAGCUACUACCAAAGCGACGGCCGGAGCGCCUUCCCCCAGACCUUCACCACUCAGCGCCCGCUGCACAUCAACAAGGCGGGCAGCAGCCAGGGCGACACUGAGUCGCCGUCCCACGAGAAGCUGGUGGACUCCACCUUCACCCCCAGCAGCUACUCAUCCACCGGCUCCAAUGCCAACAUCAACAAUGCCAACAACACCGCCCUAGGUCGCCUCCCUCGCCCCGCUGGCUACCCCAGCACAGUCAGCACUGUGGAGGGCCAUGGGCCCCCCUUGUCCCCUGCCAUCCGAGUGCAGGAGGUGGCGUGGAAGCUCAGCUCCAAAAGGUGCCACUCCGGGGAGAGCCAGACAGCCAUGGUGGGUCCGGAGGAGACGUCUCAGGAUGAGACCUAUGAAGUGAAGAUGAACCAUGACGUGGAGGCCUGCAGUGAGCCCAGCCUGCUCUGCACAGACAUGCUGUCCUACCAGGAUGACGAAAAUCGGCAACUGACGCUCCCAGAGGAGGACAAGAGGGACAUCCGGCAAUCCCCAAAGAGGGGUUUCCUCCGCUCCGCCUCACUAGGUCGAAGGGCCUCCUUCCACCUGGAAUGUCUGAAGCGACAGAAGGACCGAGGGGGAGACAUCUCUCAGAAGACAGUCCUGCCCUUGCAUCUGGUUCAUCAUCAGGCAUUGGCAGUGGCAGGCCUGAGCCCCCUCCUCCAGAGAAGCCAUUCCCCUGCCUCAUUCCCCAGGCCUUUUGCCACCCCCCCGGCCACACCUGGCAGCCGAGGCUGGCCGCCACAGCCCAUCCCCACCCUGCGGCUGGAGGGCGCCGAGUCCAGUGAGAAACUCAACAGCAGCUUCCCGUCCAUCCACUGCGGCUCCUGGGCUGAGACCACCCCCGGUGGCGGGGACAGCAGCACCACCCGGAGAGCCCGGCCCGUUUCCCUCAUGGUGCCCAGCCAGGCUGGGGCCCCGGGGAGGCAGUUCCACGGCAGUGCCAGCAGCCUGGUGGAAGCGGUCUUGAUUUCUGAAGGACUGGGGCAGUUCGCUCAAGAUCCCAAGUUCAUCGAGGUCACCACCCAGGAGCUGGCGGACGCCUGCGACAUGACCAUAGAGGAGAUGGAGAGCGCGGCCGACAACAUCCUCAGCGGGGGCGCCCCGCAGAGCCCCAAUGGCGCCCUCUUACCCUUUGUGAACUGCAGGGACGCGGGGCAGGACCGAGCCGGGGGCGAAGAGGACGCGGGCUGUGCGCGCGCGCGGGGGCGCCUGAGCGAGGAGGAGCUCCAGGACAGCAGGGUCUACGUCAGCAGCCUGUAGUGGGCGCUGCCAGAUGCGGGCUUUUUUUAUUUGUUUCAAUGUUCCUAAUGGGUUCGUUUCAGAAGUGCCUCACUGUUCUCGUGACCUGGAGUUAACCGGAACAGCGUCUUCAUUCAUUUCUGUUGGGACAAGACGCGGAGCCUGGGUGCGCGAGCCGCCCUCCGGGAGGAAGGCGCCCGGCUGCAUCUGCAGAGGCGGGGAGAGGAGGCGGCGAGGGUCCCGGGGCGCGAGGAAGGCGCCUGCCCUCUCCCAGCCCGCAGGCCCCGGGCCCGGCCGCGCCUCUGCGGGGAGAGCACCCCGGCUUCCCGCGCGCCCUCACCCAAAGGACCCUACAGCAAACGGGUGUCUUUCGACUCUGCUUGUAGAAACCAUUUGCACAUAUUCUGUACGAGCCUCGCUGUCUCCCUAGAGCCAGGGUCCCGCGGAUUUGGAGAAGGGAGCGGGGCAGGACUUCCAGGAGGACCCCAGCCCGGCCCGGAGAGGGAGGAGGCGGCCGUCAGGGGCGCGGAGCUUUGGGGAUGGGCGUCGGGCCGGCCGUGGUGCCGCUCACCCCGGCCCGCCCCUGCCCACCUGCGACGGGAUCCCCCGACCGGCACGGGCCACGCCGAGCUCCCGGCCAGCCGCCGGCCCGCAGGCAGCGCAAGGGAGGAGCUGCGCCGCCGGGAAGGGGCCGCCGGGAAGGGGCCGCCGGCUCCGCGCAACCAGGUGGUGCUGAGCUUCCGCUGAGCGCUCUUUUGUUUUGUGGUUUGACACUUUUCUUGACAGCAUGUUGCAGUUUCUUUUUGGUUUUGGGUUUUUUAUUUUUUAUUUUGUUUUCCCAGGGGGAGGGGAGGAAGAAGAGUGUUUACAAAGUCCUGUAGCCCCCUCACCUUUCUGUUUUCACUUUUGCCAAUGUACAUCCGGUUUGGUUUUCUUGUAUUAUUUAAACGGUUGUGGUUUCCUUUUUCCACGGAGGUUCAAUAGAAGCCGCUGCAGGAGAGUUUUACCAACCAUUGUGUAUGCCCAAUAAUUUGUUAUCAUUUCCUUAGGUAGCAACCUAUUUUUGUUCUGGUUUGGUUCGGUUUUCUCAUGGAAAGGUAAUUGCAAUGCACUUGAUGUGGUCUUGCACAUGUGGGUGAUAGAGUUGGGUUCCUUUUAAUGCUGGGUGUACAGGUGGGUUUGGGAGAGGAGCAUGCGUGAGAGUCUCCGAGUGUGUGCGACGCGUGUGUGUGUGGUGGGUUGUCUGUGUGCAUAUGUCCUGCCUAUGUAUAUGCACCCACACCAUGUGCCCGUGCACACCAGUGACUACGCAGUCCCCCCUUUCUGGUUUAGCUGUGAGAAGAUCUGAAUCUGGGGCCAUUUGAAAGCAAAAACAAAGCACUGUCUCUGCUUCUGAAAUGGGAAUCAGUAACUCUUUGCAUUUUCUGUCCCACAAGAUAUGCAAAAACAAUGCAAUAAUAUUCAUUUAAAAAUACAAUUGUGAGUUGUGUUGGCAUUAAAACUGUAUUUUAAAAAAAAGACACAGAAAUUUAAGGGAAAAACACAAGAAGGCAUUUUGCUUCACUAUAUUCCGUGUAAUGUUUUAUUGCAUUGAUAAUGUUUCUGUUGAAGAAACCGUUAUACUUGAAUUCAGGUCAGUUUCAGUAUUUUUCAAAUAUUUUUUUAAAACUGAAUUGCAAUUGUGCCAAGCGAAUAUAAUGAAUUGAAUUAAGUUGGUUUUCGGAUUCACUUCUUGUAUAUUUUGCUGCAUGUAAAGUAAAUCAUUUUGUAUUUGGAGUGUGACAAGCUUUACCUUUGAACUCUUAAGUGCUUUUCUAUAUGUGGUUGGGGGAAGGGAACAAGUUUUCUUUAAUUUGCACAAUGAGCAAAGGUAUCACCAGUGUAGUCAUUAUUCUGCUCUCCACAAACAGGUUUGGACAUUACUGUUUUGCAUAUCUUGUGUUCGCUUCCGUUUGCCUCAAUUUUUCCAAAAUCGUUUGCUGGGUAUGUUCGUACCGCCUCUUGCUGUGAUAGACCAGGACCUAUUUUAUUCCAGGCUUCACUGUCCACUCUGCUCUGGUCAUCUGAUUUGGUACUUCUCCGAGAACAGCCCUUCACUGUUAGGCGUAGGGAGGCGUUCUGACCAGCCCUCAGUCACCGGGCUGGCAUCCGCAUCCCCCACGGAAGAGGUGGCUGGCUUUGCCUUCACUCCCACCACACAGACUUUUCUCGUUGGCUUCCUUAGGAAAGUGUACACCAACUGGGAGGAUAAAAUUAAAGUCAGGCUGCUUGGAGGGAGGGGCAUCCUCACUUCAGGAUUCCGCUCUACCCAGCGAGGACAGCAGGGGCUCGAGAAAGGAACGGGUGAAACCCUGAUCCAUCUGAAAGUCAACUCUGCGUGCUCCUUUCUCCAUCCCUUCCUCACUCUGGAGCAGCCUUUCCUUCAGGCUUGCCCUAAUGUUUGGGCUGCUGAGGAGGAGGCCAGGACAGGGGAAGAGGCAUCCGGAGAUCACAGUGGGGGUGGGAACAGAUUUUGUAGGGGCAUCUCUGAUGCUCACGUAUCUCCCUAGAACAUCACUCUUUUGGUGCUGUGUCCUUCAAAUGUAUAUCAACAGUGAUGGCUGAAAAGGGACUGCUUUGGGGAAAACUGGACCCAACCAUUCCCCCAGAACUGACCCAUUAAAUCUCUUUCAGUCCUAGUGUUCCUUCAGCCCCUCUUGGCACAUAUAUAAGUAAGCUAGAAAUUAAAAUAAGGGACAGUCCAUUCCUCUAUGAUAGCUUGCUGGACUGAUUCAUGAAAAAGUGGAGAAAUGUACUUGACACUCCCCGGUUAACACAGUCUAGAAACAGAGUUUCUUUAUGGGUAUCCACACCCAAGGCAUCCGGACUUUGUUGAUUCCUUUUCAGUGCCACCAAGGUCCUCUAGAAAUUGAGUUUAGGUAUCAUCCUUUGUAAAGUUCCGAAGAUUUCUAUCCGCAGGUACACACGGACGUUCCCUGUCUAGGACAGGAGGACUGUCCGAGACUGAUCUUCCGAUCUAGAAUAAGACUGGUGUACGAUGCCUGUCAUCAGAACAGACUGGCACAAGUAGUGACACCAAUGAACCGCAUCCACAGUUUUCCGAGUGAUGUCUACUCUCCACCUAAAAUGGAAUUUUCCCCAUGACCUUGUAAAACAUAAUUGUCACAUCUUCCAUACCCCUCCUGACAGCCCCCAAGUGGCAGGAGAAAACAGCCAGGGGCUAAGGGCCCAAGGGACUUGAAGAAACAUUUUAAGGUCUGAAGUUUGGUCAGCUUAAUUCUUUGUCCUCUGACCAGCCCUGCCUCUUUCAUUUCCAGACCUUAGAGAAUUUUUCCCAGCUUUGAUUCAGAAGGUAUUAUUAUAACCCCUUUCCUUCUUCUUAAUCCAGUAGGUCUCACUCUGGGAAAUCCACUCAAAAGAGCAAGGCAAUGACUCUCAUUCUGUUUCCCAGUUCCAAAUUCCAGGUGCUUGUCUGGAGUGAAGCUGCCUGUUUUUUUUCUCCCAGCUUUUCUCCACCCAGCAUGUCUCCUGACUGUGCAGCUGAAGACACGGGGAGCAACCUCAGGAAACGCAGCCCUUUCCAUGCCCAAGUUCAUCUCCUGAGAAAUAGGGACACCUUGAAAAUGAGGACUUUGGAAGUCACCCAAAGGAUGGUGGCUACUUUAUGGAGUCCUGAAGAUACACAGCCACCACUCCUAAAGGCAAAGAAGUAGAACAAGAAUGUAGGUCAGGGAUAGAGUGGAACCCUGGUCAUCAGGGUUUUUAGCCUCAUCGUGGGAAAGGUGGCAAAGGAGGAUGAUGGCCUCUCCGUCCCUAGAGGCCUAGAAUAAUUGAAAUAUCAUUGUUGAGGAUUUAGAAACAAUUCAGCAAAGAGGCCUGCUGACUCCCAGAAGACCUCUUUAAAUCCCAGGGGAGGCAAAUACUUGCUGACGCAGUCCGGGCCAAUUCCACGUUUUAACGAAGACCUGCCUCUGGGGCAGAUGUCAGCACAGGGAGGACUGGGAGGAGAAUGGAGGCAAGACAAGGGCUUGGUUUGACUCCCUCUGGGUCUCUUCCCAGUUCAGGGAAGGACGUGUUCAGCUCACCCGCCCACAGUGAUCCGUGUGGUGGAGCCGCUGACAUCUCAAGGAUUUGGGAAGGUGAGAAGAGCAUACGUUCCAUCUGGGGGUGUUGUCCCAGCCACGUCAGCCUACCUGGUGGGGUGUGAGGGUGUCUGCCGCCCUGUCCCCCCUCUGCCGAUGUCCCUGCCCUCAUGCGGUCCAGGUGCCACGUGACACAGGCUCCUGUGCAAAGGCAGGCGGGGAAGCCCGCACCUCACUCACAGGGAGGCCCUCAGCCACCAGAGUCCAGGUUCUCCAGCGGCUACGAUUUGAGGAGGUUGAGGGGGAAGAUAGGAGGCAGAGAAGAGUACUACAACUGUCAGGAAUGGGGCACCUUUCCCUGUCCCUAAGCAGAGCUUCCUCUUCCCACUGCCCUCCCCGGCCCCAGCUCUCUGUCUUUCCCAACACCUAGUGAGAAAGACGGUGCGUGGAAGGGAGUCCCAUGGGCAGAUGUUUACACAACCUCUUUGUGAAGCCACUUCUGGGCUUAACUUCAUUCAUCAAUUCAUUUUUACGUCAAAGCAAUGAAACACUUCUUUGUGGAGCCAGAUACCAGUGUAACAGGAGAAUGGGUUUCUGCCACAUCUCCACAUUACUGUGGGGGAUGCUUGAACCACCUCCCUAGGACACACACCUUUAAGGCACAAGGGCUGGGGCUGAGCUCUAGAUAAGGGACUGUCCUGCUCCUGCAAGGGUGAGCACUGUAUCCACAGACAAGGAGGGCGCAGCAGAGUGGCUCCCUCGGGUGGAAGUAGUACCAUCAGAACCUCCUGUUAUUAUGAGAUACAUUCUAUUUAUGUACAUUGAGAGAAUACUACCAUCAACACUUUUACCUGGGAUGACUUUAAGAGGUUUGAGCCAAAGUACCUGAAGUGGCAAAGAUCCGUGGUCUUUGUGGGGUAUUAGAGAAGCGUUCCAGGCACUCUAGAUCUUGCGGCUGAGUGGAUGAAGGGUAACACAUCUGUGGAGCACCGAGAGGAGUCAGAGUUAGCAUUUUUCAUGAAAAUUCUCCCACAUCUCUACUAAGAAUGAGGAGGAAAAGAUGAAGACGAAGUAAUUACACUGAGGUUUGAAAUGUUACGUCACCAGAGCCAAGUCCUCUCCCUUCAGAUAGGUUACUGGCUGCUACACAGGGACACCCCCACCUUUUCAGGGCAUCCCAUGCACCCCAAUUCUCAGAAUCUAAGGAAUUUGACUUUGUAGGGAUCCCAGAAAGGGCACCGUGCCACUUCCCCUGGCGUGAAUCAGACAUACAUUGUACAUUCAUUUCUAAAAUUCACUCAUGCACCUCAAACCAAGGUCAUUAUCAAAAAGCUCUGGGUGGAAGAGCUUGUAGGUUUUUUAAGAGUGGGUCAUUUCUAUGUGAGGAAAUGUAGAAAUGGACAGAAUGAUUCUUAUUCACUGUUUGGGUCUGGAGAAUUCCCGUUAUGGAAUUCUUAGAGAUCUCAAGUUUAUUACCAAGGGAAUUAGGAAAAAGAAGUGAGCAGGCACCAGGCCAAGCAGUGACUCCCUUGCCAAGGAACCUGAGGCUGCAGGAUUCAGGGACCUCCUUGAGGAAACCUCUCCUGGCCACUGGCCAGGAGAAAAGAGAAGGUUCUCCUAUAGAGUGAAAAGAAGCAAAAGAGAGUGGGUCACUGGGUCCUGUACAUAGCACCCAACCCCAAGACUUCCCAACAUGGAGAAACUAUACCAAUGUUUAAAAGGGGGAAAGGAAAGAACUUGCACAUCAAGGGAAGACGAUUUGUAAACACACAGUCCUGUGCAAAAAGAUCUCCUUCAGGAGGUGUCUCCAGCAUCCCAAAGCUGUGCGCACCUCCUCUUUUCCUGCUCAGGCCACCUAUGCAUCCAGCUGCAGCCCAUCCCCACACCUGAAAUCCAUCUCUUGAAUCCCAGCCAGAUUAUAUACCACCCCAUUUCCAUGUCCUGUCCUGCCCAGAAUGCAUGCUGUUCUCCCAGAGCCUGAUGGGAAUGAGGCCUUGCAAUGAGGCCAUGGGAAACAGAGAUGAGCACGUCUGGACAAGUCUGUGAUGGUAGUGGAUGAGAAUAACCCAUGGCAAAACACACACGCUCAUUAAGAAAUAGGGUGACAGAUUCCCCAUUGGUGAAGCACUGAAAGGUCUAUUACUCUCAUCAUAUUGCUGUUUCAUUUUAAUCCACGAGAGCUACCAUGCAAAACUUUCCUCCAGUGAAAGGCUCCAGAUAAAGCUCCCCUCUCCUCGUGUCCUCCUGCUCAAACCCACCUUCAUCCGCCAAACCAAUCUGUAUCAUGCCUGUUAUCAGAGAGGCACAGAAAGAUGGGCACUGCCUCCAUUGUCACUGUUCCCCACACCCCUACACACCCCACAUCCUCCCCUCCAGGCUCCACGACUUCACAGUCUUACUGUUGUAAAUAUCAUUGUACAGUUUGUAAUCCUCAAAUAAUCCCAUUGUCAGAGGCCUCGCCUGAUGGCCUUCUCACCCUCGAGAAAGGCCAGGGAAUCUAGAAGGGGCAACCCUUCAAGGAGAGCUUCAGGGUCAUCUCUGUGUGAGACGCUAUUGUAUAUUCCUGUAAGAUUGCAUUUUUAUCUAAGGAAUGAUGUUAUUUAAAAAACAAACAAAAAACACAAAAAAUAAGAAUUGCAAAUAAAUUUCUUAACAAUGUC